CCCUGAGCCGGCAGAGGAGCAUACCAAGUCAAGGACUACCGCCUAGGACCUGGUUAUCCUUUUGCGCCCAAAUUGGGGAUCCAUCAUUGUUCCUUCUAGCUCCUGAGGACUCUCACCAGACGUGGAUCUACACAAUCAGAAGCCUUCAAGGAGCAGAAGGUGCUAAUGAUGGCCACAGUGCAGGAUUUCAUGGGAGCAGCCCCUUCUCUGGACUUGGGCAAGAAGGUGAGCAUUCCUCAGGACCUCAUGGUGGAGGAGUUGUCCCUACGUUCUAACAGGGGCUCUCUCCUGUUCCAAAAGAGGCAGAAGAGAGUGCAGAGGUUCACCUUUGAAUAUGCAGCCAAGCAGACACAGAGUUCAGGCUCAGAGUAUAGAGGGUGUGAUUUGGGAACCACGUCAUCAUCAGGACUACCAGAAGGGCAGGCUACUGACAGUGACACAAAUGGGAAGAACUACAGGACCGAGAUCCAAAUCUUUCCUACCCCAUCUCUUGGGCCUGAGAUCAGCAAUCAGGAACUACCCCAAGGAAGGGCCCCCAGCCCCAGUGCCCUGGCCUCAGGCUAUUCCAAGCCCCUGACAGGCAUCCCACCAGAGAAGUUCAACCACACAGCGAUUCCCAAAGGCUACCGGUCCCCAUGGCAAGAGUUCAUUGGCUAUAAGAAUGGAUACAAGGACUAUCACAGGGACCACCUAAACCUCACACCCAGGCCCUCAGACUACAGGAGCUUCAACAAGACACCAGUGCCAUUUGGAGGACCCCUCAUCUCUGAGACAUUCCCCAAAAUGGAUAUACCCUUCAUUCCAAAAGAACCCAUAAGUGGCCUGGAACUCCUCAGCUACAGACCCAAUUUCAACCGUGUAGCCCAAGGCUGGGUACGGUCCCUUCUGGAGUCUGAGGAACUGUAACUUGAUCUUAAUUACUAUAUUUCUACUGCUUUGCUUCAUUAGUUUGCUAGGCAGAUACUGCACUAACACUGGUUACACAUGUCAAUAGUUCUGCCACUGGUCACAUUCUGAAUUCUGAAUAAGUGAAAUCCUAAUCUAACUCUGAUGUGAGAAGGAUAGGUAUACUCUGGGUCCCACCCUAUUCUCAAACUGAAGUUCUUAUGGGCCUUGGCUAACUAGGAAAAUGAAAAAAGUCAAAAUAAAAAGAGGGCUAUUCAAUUACAGCCCACUCUCUGACCUUGUAAUACCUAA